GGUCCGCUCCGGGAAGCGGCGGACGGGCAGCGCCGAGGGCCAGAAAGGAGCGGCGGGGAGAGGCGGGCGUUGCGUGCCGACAUGGAGGACGACGCGCCGGUGAUCUACGGGCUGGAGUUCCAGGCACGAGCCUUAACACCUCAGACAGCAGAAACAGAUGCUAUAAGAUUUUUGGUUGGAACACAGUCUCUUAGAUAUGAUAAUCAGAUCCACAUCAUAGAUUUUGAUGAUGAAAAUAACAUCAUAAACAAAAAUGUGCUUCUUCAUCAAGUGGGUGAGAUCUGGCACAUUAGUGCCAGUCCUGCAGAUAAAGGUGUACUAGCAACUUGCUACAAUAAAACUUCAGACACUAAAGUCGUGACAUGUGCUGCUGUUUGGAGGAUGCCGAAGGAAUUGGAAUCAGGCAGUCAUGAAUCCCCUGAUGAUUCAUCAAGCAACACUCAAACCCUGGAGCUACUCUGUCACCUUGACAACACAGCCCAUGGCAAUAUGGCCUGUGUUAUGUGGGAGCCAAUGGGAGAUGGUAAAAAGAUAAUUUCUCUGGCUGAUAACAACAUAUUACUGUGGGAUUUGCAGGAAAGUUCAGCCAAAGCUGUGCUCUCUAGUUCUGCAGCCUUAGAAGGGAAAGGACAAUUAAGAUUUACUUCAGGACGAUGGAGUCCACACCACAAUUGUACACAGAUUGCAACAGCCAAUGAUACCACUGUUCGGGGAUGGGAUACACGAAGCAUGAGGCAGAUAUAUUCCAUAGAAAAUGCACAUGGACAGCUGGUACGAGACCUUGACUUUAAUCCCAAUAAACAGUACUACCUGGCUAGCUGUGGAGAUGACUGCAAGGUGAAAUUCUGGGACACAAGAAAUGUCACUGAACCAGUGAAGACACUAGAGGAGCAUUCCCACUGGGUCUGGAAUGUCAGAUACAAUCAUUCUCAUGAUCAGCUGAUCCUUACGGGAAGCAGUGAUAGCAGAGUUAUUCUUUCUAAUAUGGUAUCAAUUUCUUCUGAACCAUUUGGACAUAUGGUAGAUGAUGAUGAACUGAGUGACCAAGAGGAACAGCAUCAAGAAGAGAAGAUUUUUGUAUACAGACCUUUCAGGGUUAAAGAGCCCCUUCAGGACAGUGUAAUAGCUACCUAUGAAGAACAUGAAGAUAGUGUGUAUGCAGUUGAAUGGUCCUCAGCAGACCCAUGGCUAUUUGCCUCUUUAAGUUAUGAUGGGAGACUUGUUAUUAACAGGGUUCCAAGAGCUCUUAAAUAUCACAUACUAUUAUAAUUUGUUUGGAUUAUGAUGGGAUCGUUGUCUUGAUGUACACAAUUGGUAGGUAUUAACUUUUUUUUCAGGAUCUACUUUCAUUUUUAUUAAACAUAAAUACAUUUUUGUUAAGAAAAUUUGUACUUAUAUGGAUGCUUUCAAUUUGUCUUUUAUAUUUAGCUUGGAAAGUGUGAUGCCUAUUUUAGAAAAGGCCAUUCUAGUUGUUGUUUUUCUUUUUUUUCUUCUUUGUUUGUAGCCACUCAGUGUAGGAAUUACAAAAUUUCUGGAGGUGCUAUGUGCUUUCCAUACUACUGAUUUAUUGCUUCAGCGUUAGGCAGACACAGUGGAUUAGAGAGGAGUUAACGCUAAUAUAAAACUGGAACAAGGUGCAUGUAGAGGAAGUCAUCUAGUCUUUUACAAGAGUAAUAUUUUAUCUUUCUUCCUUAUAUCAGCAGCCUUCUGUUCUUAGGGUCACAUUCUGCUGACUGUUCUGGUUCACUCUUCAACUACUGUAAAUGCAGUUGGGAAUGUUCUGAAAGGUUGUUAUAAGUCAGUCUAGUAUUGUAAAUAGUUUUUCUUAUUUUGUGUAUCUUAAAAAGGGGAGUGUUAAUCGUGAGGAUGAAACCAUCGAAGCUGAGUUUUCAUUUAAGCUUUACAAUAGUAUCAAAAUCUCACCCUGUAAUUUGCAGAUUAAAUGCACUUUUGUGCUAUGUAUUGUUAGAAACAUCCAUCUUUACCAAAAACUCCUAUAUUCUUGUGUAAUGUAAUAUACCAUGUUUGCAGAACUUACUUGUUUUGUAGUAUAUGUUGAGGGACUCUGGAGCUACAUUGUUAACAUGAAAAACCUUUUGAUGUUUGUAAGUAAUCUCAUUCUUAUCCUUUUGACUCUGUGCCAUUCUGCAGUAUGAAGUAGCAGACUUCCAACUAAGCACAAAAUGUCCUUUGCUAUAUCAUACUUUUUGCAAUGUAUGACGUAGGCAUCAGUGACUGCCUUGCUGCAAAUGCUGAGAACAGAUGUUGCCCUGCAGGAGGAUGCACAGAGAACUUGAAAUGCAGAUGCAAGGAGUGGUAACAUAUUCCUGCACAUACUGAUACAUUCCCACCCCCUCAACUUGAUGAAAAUUCUGCUGCCUAUUCUUUGUAUACAUAGGCUGAACAUAACAGCAGUUAUCCCUUUUGUCUUUAUGUCACUGUUCUUUCCUAUCAUCUUCAGAACUUGGGUAUGUGUGAUGGUGUUGGUUGUGGUGGCAUUCUCUAAGGCUACUCUGAAGAAGAAAUGCCAAGGCAUAGACCAAUGGACAGACCAAUUCCAGCCUCUGCCAGUGCUUCCUAACAGAGUUGCUGUAGUAACUGCUGAAGAUAGUUGAGGGGGGGCCUGCUCCUAGUUUCUGCUUGUCCUUACCUACUGCCUGGAUUGAAACGUGCCCAAUUGUGUUUGCUCAGCUGCUGCUGUGGGAAAGCACUCUGAGGGUAUUGCUGGCUGCUACAAACCAAAGUGUCCAAAGUUGAAUUCUGUUCCUAGCUUUUUGAAAAACUUGUUUGAAAGAAUUCAUAUGAGGGAGUUAAUUUAAUUAUAUCUGUAUUACUGUUUGUUUAUGUGUUACUGCGAUGCUUGUCUGCUCCGAAGUGAAUGCUUCAUUGGAAAUUCUGAUGGUCUACAUUUCUGUGCUAAGGUUUUAAACUUGUGCUGUUUGAAAUUGUCUCAAUCUGUAAUAAGGCAUGAGCUAUGCACUUGUAUGUUGUAAGAAAAAUUACUUUUCCAACUCAGUAGUGCUUCAGUUGUUUGAAUAUCAAAAUCCUCGGAGGAGCUGCAGUUUUUGUGGAGCUUUCAGUCUUCAGACAAAAAACCCUGAUGCUUUUUUCUUCCACACAAGAAGCCCUGUAGUUUUUCUUUAGUGUACAGCAGAGCUCUUCAAAACCUCAUUAACAUUAGGAAUAAAGGUCUAAUGAAAUUUUAUUGUCUGUUAAUGUAUAUGGCUUGUAGUGGGAAAGUGACAGGAAAUCAUGUAGCCAUAUGUGGGAUUUGGUUUGAUUAUAAUGUGUAAUAAAAUCUGGGACAGAUUUUGAUGUAGUUGCAUUUUCUUUAAUAUUGAGAGCUUAUGUGUGACAGCUCUACCUAGAAGCAAAUAAUAACAAAAAUACCUUCUUUUUAGUUCUGUCAAAUGUGUGUAAUAUCACACAACAGGGAAUAAGGGACAGGGAACACUGAAGGGAAGAAGUAGCAGGUCAAAUUUGAAUGAAAUGAGUUACAGAAGAAUCAGGAGAGCAGUAAGGAUCAAGUUCUAAUCAUUUUCAUUUCAUCUGGACCAGGCUCUGAGCAACUAGUUCUAGCUGUUGAUGUCCGUGUACAUUGCAGGGGAGUUGCAUUAAAUGAUAUUCAGAUGACUGACUGGAGAACUAUGGAGGAUCUUAAUAUCAUGGAGGGACUGGAUGAUGAAAUGAUAUAUGGAAUUCUAUGCAGAAAAUGUGAAGGAAACUUUGAUUUUAUUGAUAUGCAUUGGUGGUCUCAAGUUAUUGUUGUUAUGGCAGUAAGAUUUUAGGGUUAUAAAAGAUCUUUAAAAACAUCAGCUUAAAGAAGAUUAAAAUAGGAACUAAAGGGGAAUUCUUAGAAAGCAAGCAAAGAAGAAAAUAAAGUACUGUGUACAUUAUGUAAUAUUUAUAAAUCUAUAGAGUAUAUGCAUCUUAAUACAUCUAAUUGUGGUGUCUUCUGUCUUAGAAUUGAUACAGUGGAACUGGAAAAGUUUUUAAACAAGGGCGACAGGAAUGAUGAAUGGCAUGUAUGAGGAUAACUAAAAAGUCUGAGAGGCAGAUGGUUGAGAGGGAGUGAUAAAAUUCUUUGAAGUCAGAAGUGGUGGAAGGAGAGGAUGAGUGGGGAGUGAUUGUACUGUGAUUAUUUAUUUAUUUAUUUAUUUUCUGAUGGCAGAACUAGAGAUUAUUAAAUGGAGUCUCCAGGUGGUGGCUCCAAGUAUACAAAAUGAGGUUGGUCUUCACAGUGCGUGCAGUUGAGCUUCGGCAUUCCAUUACCACUGCAUCCCAUCCCCACUCCUCUGCAAAAAAUAAAGUAACCUCUGAACAGACAACCAAAUCUUAAAGUUUACAUGGCUUGAAAGUAAGUGGACCAGUACUUGAAAGGUGAAUCCAUUAAAGUUUGUUAAAAGUAAAGACUCAAUACUUCUGAACCAUGAAUUGCUGGACACCACCAAGAAUACUCGUAAAGAAUCCCUUUGUGCUUGCCUGGUCCUUACUUGCUUUCCUAGGUGUGCUAUUUGCCAGUAAAGGGAAAAAAAAAUAAUAAUAAUAAUAAUAGUAAAAAUAGUAUUCUAUAAGGUUCUGUCUCUGGUUUUGAUAGAAUUCCGUUUUUCUCUCUCACAAUUCUUUACUUUGGAUGUAAGUUCUGUUUUAGGAAGUAUUAGGAAUCCUUCACAUCUCAAGUGAAGUUCUUAUAAAAUCUCAGUAUUAAUUCUGAAAAAUGUCUACAUUGUGAAAUGCUCCUUGGCAAGGAGACUGUGGAGGCAAACUGAUUUCUGUACAGCGCUGUCCAUCGUUUCUUCUGAGAUGCGAAUUGUGGUCUCACUGACCUCCCAGCACUGGCUUGUUUCAGUGUUCAAGAGAGAAUGGUAAGCACAUAGUUAUGUUUUCAGUCACCUCUUAAAUGACUUUUUUGUUUUGUUUUGCAGAAUAUGUAUGUUUUAUUUUUGAAAAACUGUAUUGUGGUAUUCCUUAAAAAUGUAAGACUGUCAAUGUUGCCACCUGAAAACUUGUUUUAUUUCAGAUUUGGUGCUGAAAAUCUUUUCUUUGUCAGCAGUUCAGCUGAGUCUGAUAUAGAAUUACAGAAAUGUUUUUGAAGUUGGUUUUUAAUGUGAAUUAUUACAGGAAGAAGAAUUAGUAGUAUUCUUAUGGGGAUUUUGAGCAGGAUCUAAAUGGAUCUUGACUAUUUAAUAAAAAUCUUGAAAUAACAAUCUGGUUCUCUUCAGCUAAAAAAGAUACUUCAGAUUGGGGGAAAAAGAAAAAAAAAAAAAAAAAAAA